AUGCCUGCCAGAAGGCCUACCAUGCCGGACGUGGAUCCGAACCUCAAACUAGCCGAGCAGGCCAUGUACGGGCCAUUCUUUGGCACACUCGGCGUCACAAGUGCCAUGAUGUUCACCGCAGCCGGAUCUGCCUACGGAACCGCAAAGUCUGGCACUGGAAUCGCUUCGAUGGCCGUAGCCCGACCAGACCUUGUCAUGAAGGCCAUCAUCCCCGUCGUCAUGGCAGGUAUCGUAGCCAUCUAUGGUCUCGUCGUUGCUGUGAUCGUGUCCGGUAAAGUGGCCCCUGGUGGUCCCGAAUACACCCUGAAUCAGGCGUUUGCACAAUUUGCCGGCGGUCUUGUAUGUGGUCUAUGUGGUCUGGGAGCUGGUUAUGCAAUUGGAAUCGCUGGUGACGCGGGAGUGAGAGCCCUCUCACAACAGCCGCGAAUAUUUGUCGGUAUGAUUCUGAUGUUGAUUUUCGCCGAAGUACUUGGUUUGUAUGGAAUGAUUGUGGCCCUUAUUAUGGGUGCUACAUAG